CCAUGACAUCCCGCCAGACACAGACUGGUUUUCCACUGUGCGAACGAUGCUGCUUUGGGACAAUAUGCAACAUGAACAUGUGUGGCCAAGCUCCAAACAUUUCGGUUAGCGGUGGUCCCACCUGUUACUCCUGCUCAAAUCAUACCACAAAGGAUUCCUGCACGGACAUACAACACUGCCCGGCUGGACAGGUUUGCCAACUUGUCCCCAAAAUCUCCAUUGCAACCCAUACAUAUCACUUCGAGUCGUCCUGUGCCGUGCAUGCGGACUGUGAAGCUAAAGUUGCCGCCUUAACGCAGGGAAUACUGGGUAGAAAAAGAGCGUCUGUGAAAUGCCCGGUGAACACUUCCAAUGCCAGUAUCCCAUUUCGGAAUGGUUCAGAUGCUAACUGA